AUGAAAUCAUCAAAGUUACUUAACUCACGUCGAGCAAGUGUUUCUGGCCGAAAGUUGUAUAAUCCUUAUGCCGAAGACGAAGAUAUUCCCAAUGAAACGAAUAGUAAACGGUGUGAAUUUACAGCAAAAGACACUGAAGUAAAGUUAAGAUCUCGUAAUACACAAACAAAGCAUACCAAUUCUUCUAUCGGUGGCGAUUUUAAUCAAUCUGAAGGAAUUGUUUGUAAAGAUGUUAAUAACCUAGAAAACGCGAAAAAUAUAAAAUUACUUUUCACAAAAAUCAUGUCAAUGGAGAAACAAAUAUCUGAAACCUCAAAACAAUUUACUAUUGAUAUUAAAAAUCUUGAAAUUUCUUCACGAUUCCAAGAAGAAAGUUAUUGGCAAAUUAAAAUUAACUCUUAUUUAAGAUUAGCCAAAAAGUAUUGUGAAUAUAUCCAUCUUAGUUAUUCUUCGGCUGUGAAGCAUGACAUUGAAACAAAAUGUUGGAAAAUUGCAUUUUAUUCAUUAAUAGAGCAAUUUCGCCAGGCAAUUUCCUUAGAAAGACGUCAAUUUCAAAAUAAAAUAUUAUCAUCUACUGUUAUUUUAA